AUGACUGAGGAAUCUGCUAGAGGCAUCAAAUCAUCCACAAGAACAGUGAUCAUAGACGAAAAAUCUGCAAAUUACAGAUCUUCUAUCGCUAAUGUGCUAUUGGAUUUUGUGGGAAUUGUAAGUGAUGUCCAGAAACUUUUUUCCAGAAAUUUCAAACUCAUGUCAUCAAUCACGCUACUCACAACUUUUCUUAAUUCUAUCCUCACGAUCUUUUACAAAAUCUGCAUCAAAGUAGCACUCAAUGAUUUGUCCUCCAACGCAAACUUCCUACAAGUUAAUAGUCCCAAUAGUCCCACUAGAGGAGAAAAGACUUAUCUAGCUGUUGUUUGGAACUUAGCACUUGUUGUUUCAGUACUCGAAGAAAUAUGUGGGAUCGAGGCACUUGGGAAGGCUGAACAGCUUAUCAAAGGAUCAAAGCAACGCGGAUUUUCCCUAAAUAUUUUGUUUGGAGCACUCUCUCUUUCUGUGUUCUGUGGUGUGCUUAUGUCAGAAAAUGCAGCCAUGAUUCCAUUGCUCCUCUUGAAUUCCAUAUACUGCCUGAUCGAGAUGUUUAAGCUAACGACAUACACAGUCCUCUACCAUGAGUGCAAGGAGACUCAUGGAGAAGAGCUUGAAAUGCAAGGAGGCACUAAAUAUACUAAAGUGGCUUUUACCCCACUUAUCAGUGCAGAUGCACCAUCUUCAAUCAUAGGAUCAGCAGUAACAUACUGCAGAAAAGACUUAUCUACCAAGGAACUUCUAUUACGGGCAGUGAAAUCGAUGAAGAGAACGGUUGUCAGUUGGUUAUACAUAAGGCUGCUUGAUCUAGGCUAUGGUCUUCUAGUAGCACUUCUGCUUCUUUUACUAGUGCUGAUUUUCAAUAUUACAUUCACUAUCCUGGCUUUCUCUAUGAUCUUAUUGGUUGUAGCUCUAUUUUUCCGAACUUAUCUAGAUGUUGUCUGGAAUUUAGCCCUCGUUGUUUCGGUACUGGAAGAUAUAUGUGGCAUUGAGGCUCUUGGAAAAGCUGCACGCCUUGUCAAGGGAUCAAAGCUACGUGGAUUUUUUCUGAAUCUUUUUGUAGCAUUCUCCAUGUCUAUGUUCAAUGGUUUGGUGACGAUUGGGACUGUAGCCUUUCCAGAGAAUGCAAGAAUGAUUCCAUCUCUCUUCUCAUAUUCUAUAACCUGCCUGAUCACAAUGUUUUUAUACAUGUCAUACACAGUCCUCUACUAUGAGUGCAAGAAGACUCAUGGAGAAGAGGUUGAAAGGAAACUAAGCACGGAAUAUACUAAAGUGGCCUUUACUGAGUCCACUCCACUUCUCAGUGCAGAUGCACCAUGA